AUGGCAAAUAAUUUCUAUUUUGAAGCCUUAGACAGGACGCUGGGAGAUAUCCUUCAAGUAAACUAUGAAAACAAUUCUGACAAACCAUUUGGAGGUCUUACAGUCAUAUUUGGUGGGGAUUUUCAUCAAAUACUACCAGUAAUUCCAAAGGGAACACGCGCUGAUAUUAUAGAUGCUUCACUGAACUCCUCAUACUUGUGGUCAUUUUUAACCGUAUAUGAGUUGAAGCAAAAUAUGCGACUUUGUAGUGGCAAAGUAACUGACUGUGAGGCUGCUGAAAUUACCACUUUCAACAAAUGGUUGUUACGAAUUGGAGAUGGAUCUUUUUAUGACGAUGUGAACAAUGAGCUCAUUAAAUUGCCUCCUGAUAUAUGCAUCACAUCAUCUAAUGAUCCAAUCGACUCAAUCAUUGAGGUAGUUUACCCAUCUCUCUUGCAGAAUUACAAUGACCCAGCAUAUUUGAAAGAAGGAGCAAUACUAACGCCUAAAAAUGAAAUGGUGUAG